GGUUAAGUUUCAAGUUGUUUUUACAGAUGUCAAAGAUUGAGGUUAUGUUCAACAACACAAUUUGAAAAUUUGAAGAUAAAAAGUUUAUUUAAAACAAUACAGAUUCUGUUGUAUUUAAAUGCCUAAAUGAGGCAAAGUUGACUCCACUUCACAUAUCCAGACGUAAGUGCCAAAAAUCAUGCCUAGAGCCUGGAGUGAUCUAGAAGUUCCUCUACAUGAGGAAAUUAGGAAUGGGAUAAGCGCCUUCAGUUUUCCUACUAUGACUCCUGUACAAGCAUAUACGAUUCCAUUAAUGCUUAAAAAUAAAGAUGUAGCUGCAGAAGCUGUCACAGGUUCUGGAAAAACGUUGGCCUUUUUGCUACCACUGUUAGAGAUUCUAAAGAGGAAAGAAGCUGAAUCAGUAUGGCAAAAACACCAGAUUGGUGCUAUAGUCAUAUCUCCAACAAGAGAGCUCGCCAUUCAGACUAAAGAUGUUUUAGAUGUUCUACUUAAACAUAUAUCUAAAUUGACCCGACUUGUAAUUGUUGGUGGAAAAAGUGUAGAUGAAGAUGUGAGGUCUUUCAAAGAAAAUGGUGGCAACAUAUUAAUCUGUACACCAGGCAGACUAGAAGAUUUGUUCACCAGAAGGGAUUUGAACCUUUCAAACCAUUGCAAAACACUUGAAGUCCUAAUUUUGGAUGAGGCAGAUCGACUUUUAGACCUAGGCUUCCAAAAAUCCAUAGAUACAAUAUUGAGUUACCUACCCAGACAAAGACGAACUGGGCUAUUCUCAGCCACCCAGACUAAAGAGGUGCAAGACCUUAUCAGAGCUGGUCUGAGAAAUCCAGUACUAGUAAGUGUGUCUGCAAAAGCCACACAAAAUACACCUGAGUUGCUCAACAAUUACUAUAUAUUGUCAAAAAAUGAUGGAAAACUUGCGAGUUUGGUGACUUUUAUUGAAGCAAAAAAUAUUCAAAAGGCAAUGCUGUUUCUGCCAACAUGUGCUUGUGUAGAUUAUUGGUCAAAUGUUCUACCACACCUAAUACCAAAGAAAUUAGAAUUACCUGUACUGGCAAUUCAUGGAAAAAUGAAAGGAAAACGUAACAGUAUUGUAGAAGAAUAUAGAAAUGCAAACAAAGGAUUACUACUUUGUACUGAUGUUAUGGCCAGAGGUAUUGAUAUACCCGAGAUAGAUUGGGUAUUACAAUGGGAUCCGCCUGCAAGUGCUAGAGCAUUUGUCCAUAGAGUUGGCAGAACUGCGAGACAAGGUCAACCAGGUUCUUCUCUUAUACUUCUAUUGGAGAAUGAAGAGACGUAUGUGAACUUUAUCCAAACGAAUCAGAGAGUGAACUUGGUUAGUUGUGAAGACACGGCCACAGAUGAAAAAGUUAUAGAACUUAGGGAAAGAGUAAGAAACAUGGCAAAAAGGGAUAGGGCACUUAUGGAAAAAGGCGUUCAAGCAUUUGUGUCACACGUUCGGGCUUAUUCCAAGCAUGAAUGCUCGUUGAUACUAAGAGUAAAGGAGUUACCGUUAGGGGCAGUAGCUGCGACAUAUGGCCUUCUACAACUCCCCAAAAUGCCAGAAUUAAAAAACAGGGACCUGACAGACUUCGCAGAGGUGCCUGACUUUGACAUUAACUCAGUGGCGUACAAAGAUAAGAUUCGUGAAAAAAUUAGACUGGAGAAAUUAGAAGAAUACAAGACGACAGGUAUAUGGAGAGGAAAGAAACAGAAGUUUGUCAAGAAAGCUACUGAGGCGUGGUCGAUACAGAAGCAAAAGAAAGAGGAGAAGAAAAGCAAAAGAAUUAAAAGGAAAAGAAGAAAGGAAGCGAUAGAAGCGAAGAACGAACCCGUCAAAAAGAAAAAACGAGGAAUUACCCAGGAAGACUUAGAUGAGUUGAAGCGAGAUAUAGCAACAUUGAAGAAAUUAAAGAAAAAGAAGAUCAGCGAUGAGGACUAUGAAAAAGAAAUUGGUAUAAGUUGAUGUUAGUUAUACCACUUUUUAGGUAUAUUUUGUUAUAAGUUGCAAUAAAAAGAAAUACUAAAUAACGUUAGUGAUAUUCAUUUUUCCACCAAGGCUCCCAAUUUGUACGACAGUAUCUGGGCAAUAUAUUUCUGGUCCCCCGCGAGCCCUAGUUUCAAACUGAUGACGAAUGUGGAGUUCAGGAGUUCGGAGAUUUAUCCAGGAAAUGC